ACAAAUUAAGAACGUCCAUUUCUGCUGACCAAUAUAAUUGUGUCGUCUGCUCACAGAAAUAUCCCAAAUAGUCCCUCUAUGAUUCAUCAUGGCGGCGCUAACAUGGACACUGUUACAGGCAGUGCCUUUAGUUCUCAUAGGCAUCGUCCUCCUGAAAAUUCUGUCCUUUCUCAAGAAGAUACAUGACUUGAAGGCUUCAUUUAAAGACUUCCCGGGCCCCACGCCCCACUGGCUCUAUGGUAACAUGCAAGAGCUGACGGGCGACUUCAAGGGGAUGCUGAGGGUAGCGGACUACGCCGUCAGGUAUCAAGGGGCGUUUCCCGUCUGGAUGGGACCCACGGACGCCUUCCUAAUGACAGUACACCCCGCAACAGUCCGCUCGGUUCUCUCGGGGUCAGAUCCAAAGGACGAAUUUUCUUAUUCCUUAAUGCGGCCAUGGAUAGGUGAUGGACUGUUGCUGAGCUCGGGGAAGAAGUGGGACCGGAACAGACGCAUGAUGACACCUGCAUUUCACCAAGGGGUCCUCCGAAACUAUGUCAAAAUAUUCUACGAGUCGGGACUCGAGUUACUGGAAAAAUGGUCCAAAGAAGGGGAUGAGCCCGUGGAGACGUUCCAUCACAUCAGUCUGUUGACCCUGGACAGCAUGAUGAAGUGUUUGUUUGGGUACAGCAGUCAGUGUCAGACCGAGACGGUCCGACAUCCGUACAUCCAGGGGGUGUAUGACGUAUCAGAACAGAUCGUGAAGAGAAUCACUAACCCCCUCCAUCAUUUCCAGUUCAUCUAUGACAUGUCACAAAACGGUGCUGAGUUCAGAAAGACUUGUGACGUCAUCCACUCACAUUCCGAGAAAAUCAUUGGUGAUCGACGUCAGCUGAUAGCCUCGGAGAGACCGGGGUCUCGCCCGGUGGACUUCCUGGACAUCCUGCUGUCAGGGAGGGACAGUGAGGGUAACGGACUGACGGACACGGAGAUCAGGGACGAAGUGGACACCUUCAUGUUUGAGGGUCACGACUCCACGGCCAGCGCCAUCUCCUGGUGUCUGUACAACCUGGCCUGCCACCCGGACCACCAAGACAGGUGUAGGGAGGAGAUCCGACAGUCCUGGGGGGACAGGCAGGAUAUCACGUGGGAAGAUCUGAAUAAAAUUGAGUACACGUUUAUGUGUGUGAAGGAGAGCAUGAGGCUGUACCCACCGGUCCCCAACGUGUCUCGAUGUGCGGAGAACGACAUCACUCUACCCGACGGCAGAGUCAUCCCUAAAGGUGUUCGAAUGGCAGUCUCAUUGUUUGCUUUACACAGAAACCCGGAAGUAUGGACGGAACCAGAGGAAUAUGACCCCUCCAGAUUCUCCAGAGACAGCGUGACGUACCAGUCAGCAUACAUGCCAUUUUCGAUAGGACCAAGGAACUGCAUUGGUCAGCUGUUUGCCGUUACACAGAUGAAAGUCGUCAUCCCCAUGCUAAUACGGAAGUUCCGGUUUACGUUAGAUCCAAAUCGACCAGCGGAACCGGAAAGUAUGCUGAUUCUGCGCAGUAAAAACGGACUCUACCUAAACAUUCAUCCGGUGAAAUGAAGACAUGACAAAACAUGAACAGGUCCACCAAUUUAUCUAUGGAAUAUACAGCUAUCCUGAACUGUUUUAAGGCGGUUUCUCACUUGUGUAAGGCCUAUAAACUGAUUUGGCCAGCUCAUCUCUUCACAUGUUCAUGCAUUUUAAUAAAAGAAAAAAGAUAUUAUAAUACA